CCCCCUUCAGCAUCUGCGGCUAUGACAUCCCUGAGGGCACAGUCAUCAUCCCGAACCUCCAAGGCGCCCACCUGGAUGAGACGGUCUGGGAGAGGCCGCAUGAGUUCUGGCCUGAUCGCUUCCUGGAGCCAGGCAAGAACUCCGGAGUGCUGGCCUUUGGCUGCGGGGCGCGUGUGUGCCUGGGAGAGCCCUUGGCGCACCUGGAGCUCUUCGUGGUACUGACCCGACUGCUGCAGACCUUCACGUUGCUGCCCCCUGGGGACGCCCUGCCCUCCCGGCAGCCCCUGCCGCACUGCAGUGUCAUCCUCAAGAUGCAGCCUUUCCAAGUGCGGCUGCAGCCCUGGGGCACGUGGGCCCACAGCCCGGGCCAGAGCCAGUGA